GGAAGACUCCGGCUGGCUAGCCCAGGUCGCCGGCGGUCGAGGGCUGCGGCCAACGUGCCGGGAUGAGCGGGUCCCUGGGCCGGGCGGCGGCGACGGCGGCGUCGGCUCUGCUCCGCUGGGGGCGCGGCGCAGGCGGCGGCCUCCGGGGCCCGGGCGUGCGGGCGGCAGGCUCGGGCGGCAGCGGCUCGUCGGAGCACCUGGACGCGUUGGUGAAGAAGGACAAGGUGGUGGUCUUCCUCAAGGGGACUCCGGAGCAGCCCCAGUGCGGCUUCAGCAACGCCGUGGUGCAGAUCCUGCGGCUGCACGGCGUCCGCGACUACGCGGCCUACAACGUGCUGGACGACCCCCAGCUCCGGCAAGGCAUUAAAGACUACUCCAACUGGCCCACCAUCCCACAAGUGUACCUUAACGGCGAGUUCGUGGGGGGCUGUGACAUUCUCCUGCAGAUGCACCAGAACGGGGACCUGGUAGAAGAACUGAAAAAGCUGGGGAUCCGCUCCGCCCUCUUAGAUGAAACAAAAGACCAGGACUCGAAGUGAGGGAAGGUGGCCCCGGGCGAGGGGCCGCUGGUGUCAGCGUCUCACCACCAGAGAAGCCUUACCCGUUCAGGUUCCCAGUCUUCAGAUGACUGCUUGCGCUGGUUCCUCCAGUUUGUAAGCAGCCAAGUGAUUUUAGCGUGUCUGGUGUUUGGGCAAGGAAGAUCCUAUCUCGAACAUAAUCGUAAACACUGUACUGUCAUAAUCAAUGUUGCAUUACGAGAUUAUUGUAAACAAAAUUCUUUCUUGUUUUGUCCUUUGCUCUUUGCCUGAUUCAGGAGUAAACCUGGGAGCUUUUGAAUCAUUGUUAUUCUUCACGGGUCCUCCACAAAUACGUCAGUCUGCAAAGAUAAUAUACCACCCCCCCCCACCCUCCCCCAGUUUUUCGUGACUUGUUCUGUUAAGAAAACUGAUGGAAAAGGAAGAAAAUAAGAUAACCGGGGUUUUGGGGUUUUUUUAAAAAAUAAAAUGCCAACCCAGGGAUACUGCAUGUGAGUGGUUAUUCUGAACAGCAGUAAGUCUGUGCGUUCAUCUGUUCCGGCUGCUGUAACAAAAUGCUGUAGACUGAAAGGCUUAUAAACAAUGGAUGUAGAUUUCUCACAGUUGUGGAAGGCAGAAGUCCAAGAUCAAGUCUGUAGCAGAUAUGCUCUGUGGUGAGGGCCCACUCCUGCUUCACAGACAGCUGUGUUCCCACUUUUGGGGCCCCUUUUGUUAAGGGCACUAAUUCCAUGUAUUAGGGGUCCACCCUCACGACCUGAUCACCUCCCAAAGGCCCCACCUCCUAACACCAUCCCUUUGGGAGUUAGGUUAUAUGUCAGCAUAGGAAUUUUGAGGGGACACGGACAUUCAGUCUAGAAGGACUUUUAGUAACUCUGACCUUUGGAUUUUAGAAAUUAAGAGUGAGUCUCAUACUCUUCUAUUAAAAUUUCCAUGAAAAUUGC